GAAACCCGGGUCAGAUGAUAGAAUCCCCUCAUCGAAGCGCGAUCAUCGUUUUCUUGACAUUGUCAGUUAACCCGUUGCCAGAGUAAAUUCAUUAAAUAGUUCAAUUGAACUUGUUACUAUGGCAACAAAAGGAAGCGUUAUUGAAAUGACCUCAGAGUAAAGAUAGCAGGUCUACGCCUAAGUAUUUAGGUCUACGCCUAAAUACGUAGCUAGCUAGUUACAGUGAGUUAGAACGCAAGAAGUUGCUAGAUACUUCAGACGACUGCUAUACAUCGCUACCGCAAUUAGCUACAUUGAGACUACCGCCACGUCUUGACAAGACUCUUGUCUGCCUACUGAUCCUUUCAAUGGCUGCUGCUAAAAAACGUACUAUAUCGGGCAUCGAAGAUGUGAGAGACAGAAAAGCAAAGGUUAUCAAAGACAGCGGUGAGAAGAGACACAUCGCAGCCCUGAUCCUCGCGAGGGGAGGCAGUAAGGGGAUCCCCCUGAAGAAUAUCAAAGUUCUCGCCGGUGUCCCCCUCAUUGGAUGGGUUCUGAGAGCUGCAGUGGACUCCAAACAGUUUGACAGUGUGUGGGUAUCAACUGACCAUGAUGACAUUGAGAAGGUGGCCAAGGCAUGGGGAGCUCAGGUUCACCGCAGGAGCCCAGAGGUGUCCAAAGACUCCUCCAGCUCUCUCGACACCAUCCAGGAAUUCGUCCGAUUAAACCCAGAGGUGGAUGUGAUCUGUCACAUCCAGGCCACGUCUCCCUGCCUGCACCCCUUCCACCUGAAGGAGGCCCUGGAGAUGAUCACCAAGCAGGGCUUCACGUCCGUCUUCUCUGUGGUCCGAGAACACCACUUCCGCUGGCAGGAGGUGAUGAAAGGAGGUAGUGUAGCCACCCAGCCUCUGAACUUAGACCCGUCUAACAGGCCCCGGAGACAGGACUGGGAUGGAGAGCUGUGUGAGAACGGAUCUUUCUACAUUUAUACCAGAGCGAUGAUAGAGAGAGGCCUGCAGGGGGGGAAGUGGGCUUAUUAUGAGAUGCUGCCAGAGUACAGUGUGGAUAUUGAUGUGGAUAUCGACUGGCCCGUUGCAGAACAGAGAGUACUGAGGUUUGGUUACUUUGGCCUGGACAAGCCUGAGGUGGUGCGUCUGCUGCUGUGUAAAGUCUCAGGCUGUCUGACUGACGGCCGCGUCCUCAUCUCUGUCUCUGGAGAGGAGAUGGUCUCAGUCAACACCAGAGAUACUAUGGGUAUCCGCAUGCUGCAGAGAGAGGGAGUGGAGGUGAUCUUGAUCUCAUCCAGUGAGGACCCUGUGACCAAGGCCCUGGCUGACAAGCUGUCCCAGAGGACAGGCUGCGAGGUCAGGCAGCUGGGCAAGGACAUCCAGGGUGAGGUCAAAGCCAUGAUGGACGACAAGGAUCUGGACUGGAAGGAGGUCGCCUAUAUGGGUAAUGAUGCUCCAGAUGUUGACUGUCUGAACCUGGCUGGGCUGAGUGCAGUACCCCGGGACGCCCCAGUGGUGGCGAUCAAUGCUGCUAAAUACUCCUGCCACAGUGCUGCAGGCCAGGGGGCUGUGAGGGAGUUUUCUGAACACAUCCUGCUGCUCAAGAAGAAGGCCAAGUCUCAGAUGGAACAGGACCGCAUCCACAGAAAUACAUUCUAAAUGCUAGAAUGUUCUAAAGUCACAGAGAUCCAUUCUAAACUCUAGAAUGUGUUCUAAAGUCACAGAGAUCCAUUCUAAACUCUAGAAUGUGUUCUGAAGUCACAGAGAUCCAUUCUAAACUCUAGAAUGUGUUCUAAAGUCACAGAGAUCCAUUCUAAACUCUAGAAUGUGUUCUAAAGUCACAGAGAUCCAUUCUAAACCCUAGAAUGUAUUUCUGUUACUUUAGAACACAUUCUAAACUCUAGAAUGUGUUCUAAAGUCACAGAGAUCCAUUCUACAUUUCUAGAAUGUGUUCUAAAGUCGCAGAGAUCCAUUCUAAACUUUAGAAUGUGUUCUAAAGCGGUCAUGGGCAAACUUUUUGUCUCAAGGGCCCAACAGGAUUUUUGGGGACUGAUUUGUUUGUCGAAAUCAAUUUCUGGGCCGGAAAAAGGGCAGUUAUUUAAAAAAAUAUAGGUCCAUUAUAAUGUCUACAUACUUUCUAUCUAGUUUUAAACCAUUACCUUGAGUGUUUUUUUUACCCAGAAUAAUAAUUUCCCGACAAAAAACAUUCUCAUUCUAAACUUCACAUGUAAACUGGAAGAGUUGCAUUCUCAAUUGCAUACUCCUCGCACCCACUCUCCCCGUCUCCUUCUCUUCCCUCUGACCUUCUCCUCCAAUGGUUUUUGAGAAGGAGACGAGGACUUGAGGAAUAUGCAAUUGAGAACAUCCCCUUGUCAUUCAUUGUCAUGUAAAAAAUUAGUUGACAAGAAAGCAGUAACAGACUAACACUCAGGAUAUUGUAUUCUAAACUACAUUCUAUCAAUCAGACAAAGUGACAAAGCUUAUUGUCAUCUCUCUACUUUCUCUGGAGUUCUAGAAAGAAGCAUAUUUACUCACUUUCAUGCACUUGGCUCAGGCUGAAAUGUUUUUUACAGGUUGUCAGGUCAGUGUAGUUUGGGUUUUAUAUCACUACAUGUUGUGUUGACAAAUACAGUAUGUACUUUUUUAAUUGUCUUUGUUUUAAUGAAAUUAAGUAUAUACACUGAGUGUACAAAACAUUAUGAACACCUCUCUCUUUGACAUACUGUAGACUGACCAGGUGAAAGCUAUGAUCCCUUAUUGAUGUCACUUGUUAAAUCCAUCAGUGUAGAUGAAGGGGAGGAAACAGGUUUAAAACAUUUUAAUAUCUAUAUUAGGAAGGUAUUAUUAAUGUUUUAUACACUCAGUGAAUAUGUGUGUGUAUAUAUAGUUUUUUUAAUGUAUGUUCUUUAUAUGUCUUAGAAUGUAGUAGGACAUUGGUUUGAGUUGCUUUGACAUUCUUGUUGGUUUUGUUUACUAUUGUCCUGUAUUUUCCUGCAGUUUGUUUGUUAAAUGUUAUAUGAUGUUCUCAUGAAUAGAAAGAAAACUAGAUACAUA